AUACCCACCUACCCAACGACCUACCCAUAUACCCACCAACCCACCGACCUACCCAUAUACCCACCAACCCACCGUCCUACCCAUAUACCCACAUGCCCACCGACCUACCCAUAUACCCACCUACCCAACGACCUACCCAUAUACCCACCAACCCACCGACCUACCCAUAUACCCACCAACCCACCGUCCUACCCAUAUACCCACAUGCCCACCGACCUACCCAUAUACCCACCUACCCACCGUCCUACCCAUAUACCCACCUACUCACCGACCUACCCACAUACCCACCUACCCAACGACCUACCCAUAUACCCACCAACCCACCGACCUACCCAUAUAUCCCCCUACCCACCGACCUACCCAUAUAUCCCCCUACCCACUGACCUACUCAUAUACCCACCGACCUACCCAUAUACCGACCUACCUACCAACCUACCCAUAUACCCACCUACCCACCGUCCUACCCAUAUACCCACCGUCCUACCCAUAUACCCACCUACCCACCGUCCUACCCAUAUACCCACCUACCCAUCGUCCUACCCAUAUAUCCACCUACCCACCCCUACCCACCGACCUACCCAUAUAUCCACUACCCACCGACCUACCCAUAUAUUAUCCUACCCAUCGUCCUACCCAUACACCCACCUACUAACCGUCCUACCCAUUUAUUAUCCUACCCACCGUCCUACCUAUAUAUCCACAUACCUACCGACAUACCCAUCUACCCACAUAUCCACCCACCUACCCAUAUACCCACCUACCCACCGACGUUCGACGGUCCGUCCGAUAGACCUACUGACCUACCUACCCACUAACCACCCACCUAUCAUCCGACCGACCGACCUACCUUACCAACCGACCGACCGACCUACCCUUCCCUACCCUACCCUAACAACCUACCCAUGCAAAACCUACCUACCCACCUACUCCGACAGACCGACCGACCGACCGACCUAA